GGCGGGCAGCAGGAGGACGCCCCGGAAGCUUGGACAUGGCGGGCCCCCCGGCGUUUAAGAUGAGGCUGGUCCACGUGGACCUCAAAGGCGCCCCGCCCAGGGUCUCUUACCUGGCGCAGGUGUUCCCCCUGUUCCACGCUCUCGGGGCCAACGGCCUCCUCCUGGAAUAUGAAGACAUGUUCCCGUAUGACGGCCCUCUGCGGCUGCUGAGGGCCACCCACGCCUACAGCCCUGCCGAAGUCCAGGAGAUUCUGCAGCUGGCCGCGCAGAGCAAGCUGGAGGUCGUGCCCCUGGUGCAGACGUUUGGACACAUGGAGUUUGUACUGAAGCACUUGAUGUUCGCACACCUCCGGGAAGUGCCAGCCUUCCCCAACACGCUGAACCCCCAUGAGCCAGAGGCCCUGGCACUGGUAGGAGCCAUGAUCGACCAGGUGCUGGCGCUGCACCCAGGUGCCCGGUGGCUGCACAUUGGGUGCGAUGAGGUUUAUUACCUGGGUGAAGGGGAGGCCUCGAGGCGCUGGCUGCAGCAGGAGCCCAACAACAGGGCAGCGCUGUGCCUGACCCACAUGAAGGCCGUGGCCGGCCUUGUGCUGAGCCGGCGUCCUGGUGUGACACCCCUGGUGUGGGACGACAUGCUGCGGGACAUCACGCAGGAGCAGCUCGCAGCGUCGGGGUUGCCGCAGCUCGUGGAGCCGGUGCUCUGGGACUACAGUGCCGACUUGGAUGUGCACAGCAAGGUCCUGCUCAUGGAGAAGUUCCAGGCCUGCGGCUUCCAGCGCCUCUGGGCCGCCAGCGCCUUCAAGGGGGCCACGGGGGCCAGCCAGGCCCUGCCGCCCGUGGAGUACCAUCUCCGCAACCAUGCCCAGUGGCUGCAGGUGGCGGGCCACGGGCCCACAGACGCUCUACAGGGCAUUGUCCUGACCGGCUGGCAGAGGUACGACCACUUCUCAGUGCUGUGUGAGCUGCUCCCCGUGGGCAUCCCAUCCCUGGCCGCCUGUCUGCAGUCGCUCCUGCAUGGAGGGUUCAGCGAUGACAUUAAAACCAAAGUGGAGAACCUGCUCGGGCUCUCGAGCCUGGACAUGGCAGAUGCCGUGAGCAAGGGGCCCAGGUCCUUCCCUGGCGGCAGCAUCCUGGCCCUCGUCGCCCAGGUCAGCCUCUACCUACGUGGCUCUGUGGACGCACUGCUGGAGAGAAACAGGUAUGUGACCGGCUGGUUCAGCCCCUACCAUCGCCGGCACAAGCUCAUCCACCCAGCCGUCGUUCAGUACAUCCAGCCCGAGGUGAUCAGCCUCCUGGGCAGGUGGAGCGCCCUGGCACGGGAGCUGAAGGCCGCCCUGCAGUGCUGCUUCUACCCGGACGCCGUGGAGGAGUGGCUGGAGCAGAACGUGGCUCCCAGCAUGCAGCGGCUACAGGCGCUGCUGCAGGACCUCAGUGAGGCAGCUGGUGGCGCCUGCUGGGACCCAGCUCAGGACCCCGAGGCUGGAGGGACCUGGCAGCCGCUCCCUGCGGAGCCCCCAGACGCACAGGACAGAUGCCCGAGGACCCAGCUGUGAUAUAGAGAGCUUUAUUCUGCAAUAAAGUCAGAGUUGCACCUG